AUUUAAUCCAGUCUUAAUUUUAGAAUUAAAAAUGCUGAGAUGGAGUUUUUUGUUGAUGGUAGUAACGAUCCAUCAAGUCGUGAGCCAAAAAUAUGGCCCUUCAGUGGUUACUACCCAAGGUGAGCCUUGGCCAGUGCCAUACAAACGUAGUCUUCAUGGUGGAUUUAAAUUAAUACAUCCACAAGCUGUUAUAUACCGAUACAAUCACAAUCAUCCAAUACUCGUUGAUGCAGUUGCAAGAUAUCGUAAUAUCAUAAUUAAAGAAUGUGAGAUUGGUUAUCGUUCAAUAAAACAUCAACAAAAUGAUAAUAAUAUUUAUAGUGAUCCCAACUAUAAGGGUGAUAUCAAUAUAAUAACAUUCAAUGUACCUCUGGAUGAAGAAACACGUCCUUAUCUCAACAUGAAUGAGAGCUACACACUGACUAUUGCUGAUUCUAGUCAGAUUGUUAUUGAUGCUGGUUCUAUAUGGGGAGCACUUCGUGCCCUCGAAACACUUUCACAACUUUUAACACCAUCUGGAAAAGAAAUUAGUAUGAUUAUUCAACUUCAGACAAUUUAUGAUGAGCCAAAAUUAUCACACAGAGGUCUCUUGUUAGACACGUCCCGUCAUUAUCUGCCAGUGUCAGAUAUAUUGAUGACACUUGAUGCGAUGUCUUAUAAUAAACUAAACGUAUUUCAUUGGCAUAUUGUUGAUGACCAAAGUUUUCCUUACAAGGGUAAAAAAUAUCCCGAAUUAGCUGAAAAAGGAACAUGGCACCCUGAGUUUUUAUACACUUUAAAUGAUGUCAAAAAUAUUAUUGAGUACGCAAGACUACGUGGUAUUCGUGUCAUCUCAGAAUUCGACUCACCAGGGCAUGUCGCGUCAUGGGGACAGUCACAUCCAGAAUUUUUAACAACUUGUUAUGAUACAUCAGGAAAACCCGAUGGAAAACUAGGACCAAUGAAUCCAAUUAGUCCAAACAUUUGGGAAUUUCUUAGCAGUUUUUUUGAGGAAGUAUUUGAAUUAUUUUAUGAUAGUUUUGUUCAUCUUGGUGGUGAUGAAGUACCAUUUGAAUGUUGGCAAAGUAAUCCAGAUAUUAUCACUUAUAUGAAUAAUAAUAAUAUGGCAAGUGAUUUUACCCGCUUGGAAAAUGAGUACAUACAAAAACUUCUAAAAAUACCAGAGAGCCAUAAAAAAAAUGCAAUUGUAUGGCAUGAAGUAUUUGAUAAUGGAGUAACAUUGACACCCAGUACAGCUGUUCAUGUAUGGACUGGAGACUGGAAAAAAAAACUGCAAAAUGUUACCGAGGCAGGACACCCAGUGCUUUUAUCAGCUUGCUGGUAUCUCGAUCACGUAGCAGGUGGUGGAGAUUGGGAAAAAUAUUAUGAUUGUGAUCCACUUGAUUUUGUUGGAUCUGAUUCUGUAAGACAUUUGAUGCUUGGAGGAGAAGCGUGCAUGUGGGGUGAAUCAGUUGACAGGACAAAUAUACAUCAGAGAGUUUGGCCACGUGCAAGUGCUGUAGCUGAACGUCUCUGGAGUUAUGCCAAUGAAACAGUAGCAGUUGCAGCUCAACGACUUGAAGAGCAUACGUGUCGUAUGAACCGUCGUGAUAUUCCUGCUCAACCUCCCAACGGCCCAUCAUUUUGCUACAUAUAGGACUUUUUUUUUGAUUAAAACUCUUAUCUUUUCAUCAAUAAAUUGCAAUCCGAUAAAUAUUAUGUUGUUAUGUGUUAAAAUUAAAUUUUUGAUGGAAUUCAAAUUAAAUGAGCUGAAAAUAAAAACUCAACUCAAUUUAAUGUGUGUAGUAGAUCUGUCAAAUAGUCAAGUA